UCGGAAGGAUAGCUGUGUGGGAUAUUUUGCCGACCAUCGGUGAAAUUGUCACAGCCUACUAUUUACGGCGACUUGUAGUACGUGUUAUUACAUUUAUGGGAAUCCCCUUGACACUAUAGUUGAUGCAGUUCAUAAGACCAUUAAUUAUUUUAGCAUAUUAAUCAAGAGCUUCUGUUAUAUAUUAUUUAAUUUUUAAAAAGCUUUUUUUCCCAUGAGUUAUGGCACGCGGCAGGAGAAAGUUACCUGAUCGUUGGUUAGAUUACCACCCUAUCAAAAAUGUAUUGCCCGUUCUCAAAAUAGUUCCUUUUAAAACACCGUUACCCUCUCAAAUAUUUUACCCUGAACUCUUAAGAGAUCAUCGUUGGACUCCAUACGAUUUAAUGGACUGCUUGCGCGACCAAGGUUGGAACUUGGGCCUUAUUGUUGAUUUCACAAAUAAAUUUCCAGCAUAUUAUGAUCCUGAAGAGUUUAUUCGAAAUGGGGUAAGUUUUGUAAAAAUAGCAUGUGUUGGUCAUGAUGUUCCCAAAGACGAAUAUUUUCAAAAGUUCUGUGAAGUUAUGGAACAGUUUUUGCAACAUGAAAGUCAAAAUAAUCGUGUAGUUGGAGUGCACUGUACCCAUGGAAUUAACCGAACUGGUUAUAUUGUCUGUCGAUAUCUCAUUGAGAAAUGCGGUUACAAUCCUGAUCAUGCGAUUUCAACUUUUGCGGAAAUCAGAGGAUAUCCAAUUGAAAGAGAGAAUUACAUUGAGGCGUUACAUAAUUUGUAAUAUUUGUGAGCUUAUUAAAAUCUUUAAAAUAACUA